CACAUACUUUCUUUUGCUUUUCCGGCUCGAAACUUCUAAUCUAUUACCACCCUCAACGCUCUGCAUAAAUUCUCUCCCUCUCGACGCUCGUCUCCGGCCUCUUUCAUUUCUGAUUCUUAAUUAAUUUCCCCCGCAUGCAAAAAUUCUCUUGAUCAAAGUACGUACGAUGACGAUUACAGUAGGGAGUGUGAACGCAGCGCGGGGAAGCCAGCGUUGGGUGUCGUGCCAAGUGAUCGGAGGCAUGUUGUUGGUGCAGACGAUCGCGUCGGGGAUGCUGCUGCUGUCCAAGGUGAUCCUCAACGGCGGCACUUUCGUCUUUGCACUCCUAACGUACCGCCACGUGGUCGCUGCUCUCUGUGUGGCCCCGUUCGCCUUCUUCCUGGAAAGGUCGCCGGAAAUCAAGAGCAAGUUACGGUGCUGGCCGGUCUGGUUCUGGCUAUUCAUCAACGCCAUCACCGGAUUAACGUUGGCUUUGAGCUUGUACUAUUACGGCCUGCGGGACACCACGGCCACUUACGCCGUCAACUUCCUCAACUUGAUUCCGAUCGUCACCUUCGCCCUCUCCAUUAUCCUUCGAAUCGAAACCCUGGGGCUAAACACAGCAGCCGGCAAGAUCAAGACCAUCGGCGCCAUCCUAUGCGUCGCCGGCGCCCUCACCGCCUGCCUAUACAAGGGCAAAACGUUCCACCUCUUCCCCCACAACCACCGCCUUUCAGAUGCAAUUAGCUCCGCUAAUCACGCGGGUUACAACAACGAAUACGUCGCUAAUGAUCCUCACAAGCCCGGAAGCAGCGGCAGCUGGGUGGGUGGGACCCUCAUGCUGACGGGGAGCUGCGUGUCGUACGCCACGUGGUACAUCGUCCAGGUCAAGGUGCGGGAGCUGUUUCCGUACAAGUGCUGGGCCACCAUGCUGACGUGUUUCCUCUCGGCGGUGCAGUCCCUGGCCGUGGGCGCGUGCAUGGACCGGAGCCCCGGCGCGUGGGAGCUGGGUUGGAACCUCCAGCUCGUGACGAUCCUCUACUCCGGCGCGAUGGCCUCCGCGGCGACGUUCUGGCUCAUCUCGUGGGCCGUGGCGAAGCGCGGGCCCACCUUCCCGCCCAUGUUCAACCCGCUGACCUUGGUCUUCGUGCCUAUCUUGAGCGCGUUGCUGCUCGGCGAGCAGCUCAGCGUCGGAGCGUUGCUGGGGAUGGUGAUAAUACUGGUGGGGCUUUACUCGUUUUUGUUGGGGAAGGCGAAGGAGAUGAAGCUGAAACGGCAAUUGGAAGGGAGUGACGAUGAGCGGCCGAAUUCCGCCGGAGGUGAUCCGGAAGCCGGAUUGGGAGGAGCGGUUGCCAUGACUAGCCGGCCGGGAAACUGCUAGUAUAUUAGUCCAGCAAAUGUGAUUCACAGGGAAAUAAUUAACCUUGGACUCCUAUUAGAUUUUUUUUUGGGUAUAAUUGUGUUGAAUUAAUUUCUAACCAUGAGUCUCGAUAUAUAUGCACAUUUGUAAAUCUCGAUGUAAUUUGUCCAGGGCCGGCCUAUGAUAUUUGGAGGCCCUGUUCGAAAAAUUUUAAUGUGGUCUUAAAAUUUUUCUCGCAAAUUUUUUUAAAACUUACAAAAUAAUAAUAAAAAUAACAUAAUAUUUAUAGCUAUCACACCCGUACAAAUAGAAUAGAAAAGAAACACAACCCAUUAAAAAGUGGAAUUCAUCGAGAGUGUUGCAAAGCUUACCUUGAUAAGAGUUUUUUUUAUGAAUAUUGAUAAGAGUUUUCUCUACAUUGUUAUAAGAAAAUACAUUCUAACAUUAGGAAUGAAACUUUGAUAAAAUU